AUGGUAUCGGAUCUAACUUCGGAGGCUUUUAUUGCCACUCUUAAAAGGUUUUUUGCUCGCCGUGGUAAGAGUUCUAAAUUGUAUUCCGAUAACGGCAAAAAUUUUGUUGGCGCAAAUAGGGAAAUUAAUAAGCUUUUGAGAUUUGUUAAGCAGCCAGAAGAAGAGCUCUCUGCCUUCUUGUCUAGUGAAGGUAUUGAAUGGAAAUUCAUUCCGCCGAGAGCGCCUUCUUUUGGUGGCUUGUGGGAGACUGCCGUAAAGUCUGUAAAAUACCAUCUUAAGAGAGUUGUUGGCAAAGCAUUUUUGACGUAUGAAGAGUUUUUAACUGUCUGUAUUCAAAUCGAGGGAAUUUUAAACUCCCGGCCACGAUUUAAAUGCUCUUACACCAGCUCAUUUUCUGAUAGGCAGAUCCAUGAACUCGUUUGUUGA